CAAGCCGCCGUGGUCGUCGCUGACGUGUUAGUGCCGACGUGUGCCGUGUGCCGUGCGCCCGACGUGCUCCACUCGGGCUGCAAGUCGCAAAUUGCCGUCUUGCAGUGCAGCAGCGGUCUAGCCUAGGGCUGCCUGGGGCGCCGUGGGCCGCAGCCAGCCGUCGUAGUCGUAGUCCGGGCGAGCCGGGUCCUCCAGUUCGCCGCGCCUCCGGCCUCCGCGUCGAAUCGGCCUUCCCUCGCCCGCCGUCCCCGUUGGCCGCCGGCUGGAGCGAGAGAGAGAGGGACAGCCACACCGGGCCCGCGCCGCCCGCGCACAGAGAGCGCGACAGAGACAGAGUGAGAAAGAGAGGCGCUGUGGCGGCGUCAUGUGUCAUGGAUAAACGCACCGCCGCGUGCGUGCCCGCGUGCCCCCAGAGGCUCCAGCUGCUCCAGCUCCAGGGCGUCGGCAACCCGCUGCGCCUGCCCCGCAGGUGACGGCACGCCCAGCCGGUCCCGCCUCCCGGCCCGGGGUGUAGGGCCUUGCUCCAGGGCCUUGCUCCAGGGCCUUGCUCCAGGGCCUUGCUCCAGGGCCUUGCUCCAGGGCCUUGCUCCAGGGCCUUGCUCCAGGGCCUUGCUCCAGGGCCUUGCUCCAGGGCCUUGCUCCAGGGCCUUGCUCCAGGGCCUUGCUCCAGGGCCUUGCUCCAGCGCCCCAGCGCCUCACUCCAGCGGAGAGGCCGAAGCCGGCCGAACCUACCAUCACCAUGAUUGACAGCGAAAUCCAGCCUCCGCCGCCCAAGCUGCAACGCCUCACCAUGUUGGAGGGGUGGCGUGAAACUGGAGAGGAGAUGAUGCAGUGCGAGAUGGCCAACGACAACAUGCUGAGCUCGCAAAACCACAAGAACAACAUGGACUCCAAGAGGCCUCUGCGGCAGUGGACUUUCCAUGUUACAGCCAAUGGUAUUGCAAAAGGUGAGACAGUAUGCAUCACAGGCAGCUGUCCAGAACUGGGAAGUUGGAAGAGCACUGCUGUUGUUCCCAUGUCUCGACAAAGCCCAGAGGAGGAUAGUGACUGGACUGUCACCCUGAUGAUUCCAUCUUCCGAACCUUUGGAGUACCGCUAUGCUGUUUGUGUAAUUCUUGAGCCUGAUGCUACACGUAACCAAACAAGGCAUGUCAUUGUGCGAAGAUGGGAAACAAAUGUUGUGCCCAGAAUUUUAAAAGAGCAAGGACCACAACAAUCACCAACCAUUGAUGAGUUUGGACACUUUGACCAUUAUCAGCGCGUUGAUCGUGGCUGGUUGACAACACAGACUGUGAUACAAUUGAAGCUUUUCAAUAAUCCAAUCCAGAUGUGGAAAUCUAAACUACAGGGUGUCAAGUUGUUUGUUAAAGUCACUCCUGUGAACCUGACUCGAAGUAAUUCUUCAGCCGAAUCUGUCUAUGUUGGUGAGAACAAUCUAGAUGAGAGUUUAGGCAUUGACACACAAGAUGGACCUCAGCCAGCAGACAACUGGCCUAUCACUGAAGUAGCUGUCAUGAACCCUGAGGAAAGCGAAUUUAAGCUGCAGAGCCAGUUUGGUUGCCCAUACAACAAAGAUGAUGUUAUCAAUUUUAUGGUUAGCCUUCACAACCCUGAAAUGGUGGCUUACCUCAUGGACUUUUAUGCGUACAGCAACAAAAUGUCAGAUGGAGAUCCUCCAUACCAUGUAGGUUUUAGUUACAUUUUGCCUAUUACUCUAAAGCAGAGCUUGGGUCAGACGAUUGUUCCAAUCACCAACACCCACCAGAGACCUAUUGGACAAGUAUCUGUUGAGUAUGUUGUGAUAAAUCCAAUUCCUGGAUUUUGGUGCGAUAUGAGCACCUCCUUUACUCGGCACUGGAAGCAGAAUUGGCUUGGCUUGGAUGUAGGCCACAGGGGUUUGGGCAACUCAUUUAACAAGUUUAAGACAAAAGAGUCCAGAGGAGCUGGGUCCGAGCCUAGAGCAGUUGGAGAUGUGACGAAGCAGAGUUGCGCGGAGGUCCGAGAAAACACAAUUGCAUCUUUGAAGAAGGCUGCGUCAUUUGGUGCCGAUUUUGUAGAGUUUGAUGUGCAGCUCUCUAAGGAUUUAGUGCCGGUUAUCUACCAUGAUUUCCAUGUCUGCAUUUCAAUGAAACGCAAAAAUGACACCAAUGACAUGGAGAUGCUAGAGUUACCUGUUAAGGAGCUAACACUGGAGCAGCUUCAUCUGUUGAAGGACAUAGGCUAUCCCCAAAGUAUCAGCAAAGUUCUUCACUUUUGUGAUAAGGAGGAGGUUUAUCAUCUGGCAGAAAGUCGAGAAAAGUCCCAAAUGAUAUUUGAUGAGGAUUUGGAAGAGCAUCAACCUUUCCCUAAGCUUCAGCAAGUAUUGGAAGUUUUGGACCCUCAUGUUGGCUUUAAUAUUGAAAUUAAGUGGACGAUGCAACUGAAGGAUGGCACAUAUGAACUUAACCAUCCCUUUGACAUUAAUAUGUACUUGGACACUGUACUCACAACAGUUCUGCAGCAUGGUGGCUCAAGAAAAAUUGUGUUCUCCUGUUUCCAUCCGGACAUUUGCACUAUGAUUCGGCUAAAACAGAACAAGUACCCGGUGAUGUUCCUUACCCAGGGUGUCACAGAAAAAUAUCCAAUGUACAAUGAUCCUAUUUGUCAAACCAUCCCAAUGGCUAUUCAUUACGCUGUUGGUGCCAACAUUCUUGGCAUUAAUGUCCACACCGAAGAUAUAUUGAGAGACACUUCUCAGGUCAAGCUUGCCAAAGAUGCUGGGCUAGUGAUCUUCUGUUGGGGUGAUGACAAUAAUGAUGCAUCCACAAUCAAGCACCUGAAAGAGCUAGGCUUACAUGCUGUUAUUUAUGAUAAGAUGGACCAGUAUAAUUCCAAAGAGGUAAAAGAGAGCAUUUUCCUUGUUGAGUCUCGUGCUCAAAAAGAAAUUCGCAAAAUAGCUUCAGAUGCAUCUGUGGAUUUGUCAGAUAUGGCAUCUCAUCAACAAAGCAAUGGGAAGUACAAGCGGGACUUGGACUCCACCAUCUCAUCAAUGUCAAGCAUGUCAUCCUCUUCAACUCCUUUGUGGCCAUCCAAUGGAGUGUCUGGAGGUUUGCCUGGUGGCUUAGCCAGUGCCGGCAGGUCCGGGUCUGUCAAUGGCUCGCCAUCCUCCAACUCUGAUGCUGCCAUGGCGUGGCCCAAGCACACGGUUUCAGCUAAUGAGUAAUACAUACACACUUUCCUAUGUUUAUAAUUUCCUUCAAGUCUCACAAAGCAUGGUAUUUGCUCUGAUUUCCUCCUCUUAUUAUCUUAUUAAGCUAUAUUUUAUUGAUGGUGAUGUUUAUCUCUUGGCUUAAGCUUGAAGACAAUACAUCAAUAUUUAUUUUUGUGCAGACUGUACAGGUUUUUACUCUUGGAGUGAACUGCCUCAAAUUUUAUUAUUCAGUAUUUUACUAUGAGGUAGUUCUGUGGAAUGACUACACAGUAGCUUGGGCCAGAGUAAUGGCUUUCAUUUUAGAAUUCUGUUAUUAAAUUGUAGGCCAAUGUGAAAUUUGACAACUUUUAGACAAAAAUACAUCAAAAGGAUCUAACCAUUAUGUAAAUGAGUCCAUAGAAAAUUUAAAUUAUUUCUAGUGCAGUAGCUCAGUAUUUUGAUGGUUGCCCUUCAGAAAUUGUGAUUUAUCUCAGGAAGAUGAUUCAGCAGUAAGCAAGUUAUUUUGUGUUGAAUGUGAGCUUCUUCUAUUUUGUAUGAGAAUAAUUUUAUGAUGUCAUACUUUUUAUAAAUGUACAAAUUAAAGCCUAAAAACAGUAAGAAAGGUACAUUUGCGUGUCAAUGUAAGAGGCAGAAAAAUGUGAUGAUGAGUGAAUAGGGACUGUUUUGUGUUGCUGAUAUUACUGUUAAGUGUAAAAAUAGAGGCAUUGAAGCAAGUAGAUGGCUUGCCCUAUUGCUGUGUUGUUCCCUAGUUUUAUGACAGUGCUCUAAACCAUGGACUGACUGAACAGAGUUUCCCAUCCUACCUAUAGUGUUGUAAUUUUAUUAAUUUUAAAAAAUACUAUUAGUUUGUAAGUUUUUCAGAGCUUUAAACCACAAUAAGUAUGAAGUGAAACUAAUCAUUCUAAAUUUUUCUAGAUCUUGAGUGAGUGUUGUGGAUAGCAUUCCAACACUGACUUUGACUUCAGUCCAUGGUUUGUUAGCAUAGUACUUACUUUUCAGAAUUAGUGUCUAUUUUACGUAUACACCGCUUUGCACACUUGUGACCUUAAAAGUAGCAGAGGCCCUUUGGCUCAAAGAACAUGUUUAGAUUGAGGUUACAAGAAGAACAAAUUUCACUCCAAGUUAGUUCCAUGAAUUUUAAUUUUAACAUUGUGAAUGAAUGAAUGUUGCACGGCAACAUAUUUCUUGUGUGUGGACACAAUUGUUUUGAGACAUUAUAAUAAUAACGUCUUAACGUCUUUUUGAUGGUUGUGUAUGAUUUCCAUAUUUGGCAUUUGUAAACGGUUUUUGUAUGACACUUACGUUAAUGAAUGCUCUUCUACGUUUAAAAAUAAUAAAUGUAGGGCAGAUCAUAAAAUAAUAAAAAGCAAAAAUAAAAUUGAAACUUGUAUGUGAUCUGACCACAUUAUCUAGUGUAGGUAUUUAUUAUGGCAUGGAAAUGUUAUAACCAAUUACAAUGUGAGGUGCUUAAUUUGUACAGUGCUUCACCAAAUUUCAUUGUUCUUCCUAGUUGUUAAGAACACAUUGAUUAAGUCCAUUGCGAUGGUCCACUGUGAUAGUGAUUGUGGCAGCCAAGUCUUCCUUCUGCUUUCGUUGCACACCUGUGUGUGUUAGAUAUGCUUUUAUGCUUGUCGAUUGUUUUCAUCUGACACAAUCAAGUACUUGUAAGAAUUCACACAAAGUCCUUAAUCAAUGUGCUGUGCAAUGCAGUUUUGGAGAAGUGUUUCAAUCAGCAUUCACAUUAAAACAUUUUUUUUUUCACUUGAA